AUGCUGAUGAAGAGUAUGAAUACCCUUCUUAUGAAAUCUGAGAGCUUUGAGCUAGGGCACUUUGGCCAAGGGCUAGCUGUUUCUGGCAAACAAGGGCGACCACCACACAUUGUGCUGUUUGCCCACGCCACUUUCUAUGGAGGCUACGAUGAGUCUGGAACUAUGGGAGGUGCGUGUGGGUACGGCAACCUGCCCGCGCAAGGGUACGGCAUAUACACGGCUGCUCUGAGCUGCGGAGAAUGUUACGAAUUGCAAUGCAAGGCGGAGGAGGAUCCGCAGUGGUGUCUGCCAGGGAAGACAGUCACCGUCACCGCCACCAACUUCUGCCCGCCCGACUUUGCCCAGGCCAACGAUGCGGGCGGGUGGUGCAAUCCUCCUCUCUCACACUUCGAUUUGGCGGUGCCUGCGUUCGAGCAGAUUGCGUUAUACAAGGGCGGCGUUGUACCCGUCCGCUACAGGCGGGUGGAAUGCGUCAAGAAGGGAGGAAUGAGGUUUACCAUAUUGGGGACGCAGUAUUACCAGAUGGUGCUGGUCACCAAUGUUGGAGGAGCCGGAGACGUGGUGGCCGUUUACGUGAAGGCCAAGCACCCGCAAAUCCCUGGUAAUUCCGGCUGGCAAACUCUGAAGCGGAAUUGGGGCCAAAAUUGGCAGAGCCAUUUGAACAUGAUGGGGCAGACGUUGUCUUUCAGAGUGACCACCAGCGAUGGGAGGAGCGUCAUUUCCCGCGGGGUGGUUCCCAACUCGUGGCAGUUCGGCCAGACUUUCGAGGGACGACAAUUCUAA